AUGUCUCGUGAAGGUUUUCAAAUCCCAAGCAACUUAGAUGUUGCCGCUGCCGGUACUUCUCACUCCAAGACCGCCACCGUCAAGUAUAUCUGUGCAGAAUGUUCAAGCAAAUUAUCCUUGUCCAGAACAGAUCCUGUUCGUUGUAAGGAUUGUGGUCAUAGAAUUCUAUUAAAGGCCAGAACCAGAAGAAUGGUGCAGUUUGAGGCUAGAUGA